AUGGCCCCCAAGAAGAAGCCAGCGUCAGUCAAGGCCAAGGCCAAGAAGGUCGUCACGAAGGCAGUGGUGAAGCGCAAGCCUGCAGCGAGCAAGGCGGCGAGCAAGAGCAAGGCCCGGAAGGUGGUGGCCCCAACGAAGCCAAUCCGGAUCGGUUUUUUGAUUGGCAAGGACACAGACUUGGUGGAAGAUCCGAAGUAUGUUGGUGACGCCUCAUUCAUGGCUGACAUGCCAGACAAGUACCGCGUUGACCCUGAGAGCAAGGAGUAUCUGAAAAAUUGUGAAGCUGGUGUCAAAGGAUUUGCUCAUGCAGAUGUGGCGAUUCCUUGGUACAUUCACAAGAAGUACGGUGGUGACGUUAGUGUCGACAUGAUCUUCCCGGAGGAGAUUACGCUGAAGCGAUUGAAAUCUAACAUGUGCAACUACAUCAUCGGGUAUGAUGUCAUCAACUCCAUUUUCGAGGGACCAAAAAGGUACAAGGAGGUAACGAAAGCAUUCACCGAAUGUGGCAACCUAAUGCCAAGCUGGGAAGUCCAGGACUUUAUCUACAUCAAGUCUCGCUACAUGCAGGCUUGCAUGGAUGCUGGGAUACCCAUGGCACCGACGAUUUUCGCCAAGAAGAACAAGCGAAGCCCAGCUAAGCUGCUGGCAGAGAUCAAAGCACGAGGUUGGCAGACGUUUGUGAUGAAGCAAUCCAUGAUGGCUUUCUCUCUUGGCUUUUGCAAGCUGAAGGUCGAGGAUUGCGAGAAGGAUCCAAGCAUUCUCAAGAACUAUUUCCGGGACUACGCGGAAUGUCCUGAGUAUGUCGUGCAAGAGGCCAUCGAAGGCUUCACCAGGAAUUGGGAGACCAGGGUCUUCUGGUUCAACGGAAAAUUCCUGUAUGCAAUCGCGAACAAGGCAGCAGUCUCCACUGAAGACGGCCAGGAGGUGAUAAUCACAGGAGACGACAUCCCCUCCGAAUUCCUGGAGAAUGCGAAGCGAAUAGGCGAGCAGGCGCUCAAGAUCUUGCCACAGCUGUGCACUCCCUCAGGACAGCCCAUUGACAUGACGCUGAUCCGCACUGAUGUCGGCUGUUCAGACAGCCCGUUGCAUGACAAGCAGACCAACUGGGACCCCAACGGGCGGACGUUCUUCUUGAACGAGAUUGAGUACGGCGGGACCACCUACUUUAUCCGGCAUCUCAAGGAGGAUUGGGUCCCGAAAUGGGCCGAACUCUAUGUCAAUAAGUCGCAUGAAGUCUUUGACAAGAUGUGUGAAGCGGCUGCUUAG